CUGCUGCUUGCAGGUGCUGGGAAGGGGGCACUUGUCAGAAGAAUGGCCGGUUGGCCUUUGCUGCUUCCAAUAAUUCAUUGGCUGGGUGAUCAGAAUCCAUGAUAGCGGGUGUACCUGAGCCCUUUAAUUCUUGCUCCCCCCCACAAUAACUGCACUAUGGGUCUGCCCCACCUUGGGUGUUUGUUGGAUGCUGUAACACCCUGCAGAUUGUAUUUCCAGAUUGACUGACCUGUGCAGGUGCCUGCUCCAUCCCGGCAUGUAACUUCUCAUCGCCCUUGCCAUUAAAGACGGAAUCCUUCUGAGCCCGUAACGCGAGAUCCUUGAAAAGGAAAGAUGCCGGAACAAAGCAACGACUAUCGGGUGGUGGUGUUUGGGGCGGCGGGAGUUGGGAAAAGUUCUCUGGUUCUCAGGUUCGUCAGAGGGACUUUCAGAGAGACCUACAUCCCGACCAUCGAAGAUACCUACAGACAGGUCAUCAGCUGCGACAAGAAUAUCUGCACGCUGCAGAUCACCGACACGACGGGGAGCCACCAGUUCCCGGCCAUGCAGCGGUUGUCCAUCUCUAAAGGCCACGCUUUCAUCCUGGUCUACUCGGUUAGCAGUAAGCAGUCCAUGGCGGAGCUUCAGCCAAUCUACGAACAGAUCUGCCACAUCAAAGGAGACACUCAGAAAAUUCCCAUCAUGCUGGUCGGAAACAAGAGUGACGAGGCUCUACGGGAGGUCCAGACCGGCGAAGGGGAGAGUUUGGCCAACAAGUGGAAGUGCUCUUUCAUGGAAACCUCAGCCAAGCUUAACUACAAUGUACAGGAGCUGUUCCAAGAACUUUUAAACUUGGAGAAAAGACGAACUGUAAGUCUCCAGGUGGGUGGGAAAAAGUCCAAACAGCAAAAGAAGAAGGAGAAGCUCAAAGGGAAAUGUUCGAUUAUGUGAACUAGACCUCAAGCCAACAAACUGAGGCAUUGCCUGUCUGCUGGACAUCAAACCUGCAGGUGUCAAGCUCUAGGUUGGACUUCUUUCUUUUGGGGGCG